UCAGUUGCAGGAAUAAAUGACAAUUCUGAUUCAUUUAAAGAGCAUGCUUUUAAUCUUAACACUGACAAUUUAUACGUUUUAAUUUUUAUUUCGAGCAAGCAUAACUUAUUGAAUCGUACUCUAUAAUUUAUAUUGUAACAUGCAUAAUAUUGACAACGUAAAACACGAUGCAUAAGUAACUUGGUAUAAAUUAAUUUUUCCACAAAUAUCAAAACAUUUACCCAGAGAAAACAAUGUGUGUUAUCUAAUAUUACUUACAGUGCAAGAAAGAUAAUCAGUCUAUCAUACUAUAAAUAGAAGGAAAGUGGUAAACUGUAACACAAUUUGUUAAACAUUAAAAUGCCAAGUUCACACUUGUAUGCUAUAAAUAAUGAAGGGCGUGUAUUUGGAUUGUCUACAACUGGAAACAUGUGGAGAGAGUUCAUGUAUUUGGGUCUUGAAUUUAAGCAGUUAUCUGCAGUACCACAUUUUAUGUGGGCUAUAGGUGGAGAUCGUCAGGUAUAUGUACAUGUACAUGGUUUAGAUGUACCUAUAAGAAUAAAAGAAGAAAUAUAUGAAAAUGAACGUUGGCUUCCUUUAGAAGGAUUUAGUGGUAGAUUAUUACCUACAGAUAGGUAUAAUUUUUCUAAUCAAGAUGGUACAGUUGACCGUAGUAGAGAUAAAGUAAAAUUACCAUCCAUGGCAUGGCAGUGGGAAGGUGAUUGGCAAAUAGAAACUACAUUAGAUGGCCAACCACUGGAUCAUGAUGGAUGGACAUACGCAGUUGAUUUUCCAGCUACAUAUACUACAAAAAAACAAUGGAAAUCCUGUGUUAGAAGAAGAAAGUGGGUUCGGUAUAGAAGAUAUAGUGCCAUGAAUUCAUGGUGUGCUAUUGCACCUCUUCAUAAAGAUGCAACCAAGGAACCAUUCAUUGAUAUAUCUGUGGGUGGAAAUCAAGUACCUGGAAGUAGUUCUGGAAGCCUAGCAGUUUGGGCAGUAACUGCCCAUGGAAGGGUAAUGUUUCGUGUUGGUACAAGUACAACUUGUCCUGAAGGGCAAAGGUGGAGUGCUAUAAAAUUAGCUAGUGGUUACGAGGUAUGCCAGAAUGUUGGAACAACUGGUCUUGUGUGGGCUGUGUUGAUGACCGGUAAAGCACUCGUGCGCACAGGCGUUACUAGAGAAAAUCCAAUGGGAGAAGAUUGGGCAGAAAUUGAUUCCCCUCAAAAAGACUUAAAAUUAAUACAAGUUAGCGUAGGAACAGAUGCUGUAUGGGCUGUAACUCAAGAUGGAGGUGUAUGGUUUAGAAAAGGCAUUAAAGGUGAAAUGAGUGGAGUUUGUGAACAAAUGGCUACUGGCACUGGAUGGGUAGAAAUGAUAAGUAAGAUGUCAUUAGUAUCAGUUGCUCCGAAUGAUCAGGUUUGGGCCAUCGGUCACGAAGAUCGAGGUUUAUAUUAUCGUACUGGUAUAACACGGUCGGAAUUAACAGGUAAAAAAUGGAAAAUAAUAAACGCACCCCUUCAGCUUAGUCGAGCAAGUAGUAACGCCAGUUUAUCAAGUAAUAGACAUAGUAUGUGUGGUACUCCUCAACAACAGCGACAUCAAAGUUGGGGAUCGUUGAAUCGACCACAUAGUACCAGCGAAGGUACUACGUUAAUUAGAGAGUGGGAAGAGCAGUCUCGUUCUGCACCAACGCCAACAUCCUUAAAAUUAUGGCAGCGUACAAACGACGGUACCUCGACUAAAAAUCCACAGCAAACAUCAUUCCAGGAUAUAUACCUAAAUGAAGGGGAAAAAAAAUCUGGAAAUUCAUUAGAUAUGGCCGAUUUAAGUGAAGCUAGCGUAGCAAAUAUAACUAUAUCAAAUGAAUCAUUGACUAAAACUGGCGAAUCUAUAGUAGUUUCUGGAAAAGGAAUGGGCAGUACUAUCAAGAUAAAUCCAGCUGCAUGGAGUCCUGUUCACUCGGUUGGCUCUAUGGUAGGUGUAGAAGCGCAUCCAGAAACAGAUGGAAGUAUAUUUGAUCCUGACUUAACUAGUGAUUCUGGUGUCUACGGAGAGGAUGAAAGUUCCGGUGCAAUGUACUGGGCCGAAUGUGACGCUUCUUGGUAUAAAGUGGAAGCAGGAGCAUGUUUCGUUGAUCCAGCCAACCCUCCAAAAUGGAUUGCAGAUACUAAUGGUACAAGUCAUGGUGAUAUAGUAGAACCCUGGAGAAUAUAUAUUUUAGAAGAAUUGAAGAAAAGAUUACAGGAAAUAGAAUUUGAUCCAUUGAUAUAUGAAAAAGUUGUUGAAAAAUCAUCCUGGAUAAAAAAUAGUGAUGCAAAAUGUAAAGUUAAAGGCAGUACUACUUACGAAGAUUGUGUUAUCGAGUUAGAAUGGAUAAGUAGCGAUAGCGGAUCCUUGGAUUCUGGAACUCUAACUAUUUUAAAUUCAGAUGGAGCAACAACGAUCAUGCAGUUUCCUGUGUCUGAAAUUAUGUGUGUGGUAUGUUGUAGUGAACCAGGUAAUCCACGGAUUGCGAUUCACACUCCUCGAUUAUCUCGUUCUAAAGUACUUAGAUUGCAGUUUUCUAGCGACACUGAAAUGGAAGACUGGUUAUCGCAUUUAACUUCAGUUUCUUGCCAAAUGAACAAUGUUUAUGGAAAGCCAGGACCUAAUUCAAUUUGGGCUACUACUGCAUUAGGAGAUGUGUACGUAUACGAUCCUGCAGUUGUUGAUGAAAAUCAGUAUAGUAAUGGCGUUUACGUGCAAGAAUUAGACGUUGCAGGAAAGGAUUUACCUUUUGAAUGUAUAUUACAAAAUGGUUUUGGCUAUGGCAGUUCCUUAGAAGUUACAGUUUGCAUUCACGAUGAUGCUGACAGAUUAUCAUUCAAUCUUGUCUGCUAUACAACAACAUUUGUAAAGCAAAAAUCUGUAAUGGAAAGCCACGAUGUUGCGUUACAUUUUAAUCCAAGACUUAAGGAAAAUACAAUUGUACGAAACACGUAUCAAAAUGGACAUUGGGGCGAUGAAGAAAGAAACGGAGAUAGCCCGUUGAGAGCUGGUUCGGAUUUUACGUUAAAAAUCCUUUGCGAAGCACGGGGAUAUAGAAUUUUGAUUGACGAUACAGAAUUUACUCUUUAUAGUCAUAGACUAUCACCGCAAAGUAUUACUCAUUUUCGAAUAAAAGGAUUGAUGACAUUAUGCAGCGUCCUUUAUAAAUCAACAUCGGUAAUCAUUGACCCAAUUACGAUGUUCUGGAGACAAAUGGGUGGCCAUUUGAAAAAAGUUGAAACUUGUUCCUCCGGUGUAACAUGGGGCAUAGGGUAUGAUAGUACUGCAUGGGUGUACACUGGUGGUUGGGGUAGUUUAUCCCUAAAAGGAUUAGAUAGUAAUACGGGAAUAAACACUAUGGUAGAUACUCAUAAUUAUUACGUAUACGAAAAUCAGCGUUGGAAUCCGGUAACUGGAUAUACUUCCCAUGGUCUUCCAACAGAUCGUUACAUGUGGAGCGACGCAACCGGACGUCAUAAACGUACUCGAGAGCACACUAAACUGUUAUCAAUGCAUUGGCAUUGGGUGUCAGAUUGGAUAGUAGAUUUCCACACGCCUGGAGGUGUUGACAGGGACGGUUGGCAAUAUGCUACUGAUUUUCCUUCUCAGUAUCACGGUAAAAAACAGUUUACCGAUUACGUUAGAAGGAGAAGAUGGUUUCGGAGGUGCCAAUUAACAGCUAGUGGUCCUUGGCAAGAAUUAGGAAACACAAAAUUGACUGACGUUUCCUUAUAUGCAACAGACGAACCUAGCACGGAUGCUCCUAUAUACAUUUGGGCGGUAGCUUCUAAUGGUGAAGCUUUAUUUAGGAGAGGCGUUUCGGAAUCGUGUCCAAUGGGCGUUUCUUGGGAACACAUACCCAGUGAUCAAGCUUUAGUAGGUAUUUCAUGUGGACCUGGCGGUCAAGUUUGGGCUGUCGGAAAGAACGGCUCUUCUUAUUGGAGGCUCGGCAUUACACCUGUAAAACCUGCAGGCCUACAAUGGCAAAACGUUGAACCACCUUCAGGUGCUCACUUAAAACAAAUUUCUGUUGGAAAAGAUGUGGUGUGGGCAUUAGAUACAACUGGUAGAUUAUCUGUACGUCGGGAAGUGCAACUAAAUGUUUUUCCGGAAGGAACACAUUGGCAGACUCUUCCUGCGAUGCCAAACGAUCCUAUCCAUAUAGAAAAAAAUGUGAUACAAUCUUCAAAGGCUGUAUUUCUUGGAAACCUCUGCAGAUUUCCUCUUAAAAAACGUUCCGCGUUGGGAAACGUUGAUAUCGACAGUACAUCCGUUUCUUUAAAUAUACUCUCUGAUCCUUAUUGCAUAGAUAUGUCCGUUAUAAACGCGAAACAAGGUUUUCGGCACAUCAGUGUUGCAAAAAAAGAGGGUCAAGUAUGGGCAGUUUCAGGAGCCGGUAUACUGUGUCGUAGAAUUGGUAUUACUGAAAAGAAUCCAGCAGGAACUGGUUGGGUGACCGGUAUAGGGGCGAAUUGGCAGUACAUAAGUGUCGGUGGUCUUGUAAAUAAAACAAAAUAAAUAAUUCAUUUUGAAAUAAAUGAAAAUCUUUGAAUUUGGAUACUCAAAGUAUUAUUACGUUACUAGAGAAUAUAACACUCUAGCAGUUUCAUUUGGUCAACAACUUUGUCACAUAAAUGAAGUACAUAUAAACAUAUGUGUAUGUAUGUAUAUGUACAUGGCUUAGCUUUUGCAACUAAUUCAAUCUACUAUUAAAAGUAUUUAAACAAUUUAUUAAUUCCAUUCCUAUAGUUUUACCAUAAAAUUUUGUAUUAAAAUAUUGUCAGAACAUUUUAAAUAUAUGUAUUUAUAUAAUUCUUAAAUAAUUUAUAAUAGC